ACUAUUAUUAGAAGAAGUUGGUUCUGCCAGCCGGAUGUUGUACCACGUUACCUGGAGAAAUUAGAGACGUGGUGGAUGUAAAUAAACACCUUUUAACACCAGCGAACUCGUCUGUAGUAGAACCGCGGCUUCGAACGCGAAAAUGUUCAACAGACAAACGAGCCUGUGGAUGGGUGACUUGGACCCAUACAUGGAUGAGAACUUCAUCAAACAAGCCUUCAGUGCUAUGGGAGAGUCACCAUGUGGAGUCAAAAUCAUCACUCACAGGAUAACAGGGGGUUCUGCAGGAUACUGCUUUGUGGAGCUGGCAGAUGAAGCAAGUGUCGAACGCUGUGUCCAGAGACUCAAUGGGAAACUAGUCCCCGGAUCAAAUCCGCCACGGAAGUUUAAGCUAAACUAUGCCACGUAUGGGAAACGGCCAGAGGCAGGGCCAGAGUUUUCAGUGUUUGUAGGCGACUUGGCGUCUGAGGUGGACGACUUCCAGCUGCACCAAGUUUUUAAGAAGUAUCCUUCCUGCAAAGGAGCUAAAGUUGUCACUGACCAGUAUGGAUACUCCAGAGGCUACGGUUUCGUCAAGUUCGGGGAUGAGACCGAGCAGAAGAAGGCGAUCGAGGAGUGUCAGGGGACAAUGCUCGGUGGGAAGCCGCUCAGACUCAGCAUUGCUGUAGCAAAGAGCCAAAAGAUGAGCAGCUACCAGGGCAACCAGGGCCAGAAUUACUACAGCAACUACAACCAGUCUCAGCCCAGUUACUACGGCAACAAUAGUAGCGGGGGUUACUACCCCCAGUGGGGAGGCUAUGACCAGUACAGUGGCUAUAAUAGCAGUGGAUACAACAGCGGCUACAACACUGGCUACAACUACAACUAUGGGUCCUAUGGUUACCCUCCACCGGGUCAGGUGGCGCCUCCACCUCCUGCUGGACUGCCGCCCGUGGCUGGUGACGUGUCAGGAGCUGUGGAGCAGAGCCACGAGGGGACUGAGGACUUGGAGGAGGACAAUACAGAAGACCCCACAGCUGGCUGUGACGUAGACCAGUGGAACAGAGAUUUCAUGCAGCGCAGUGAGGAGUUCUACGAUGCCAUGAUGAACUGUCACUGGGAAAGUCCAGACUCUCUCGAUUCUAUCGACCCCUCACUUCCUUCAUAACUUCUUUUCUUUUCCCCCUUCCCUAACUCUCAAAUACUUUUAAUUUUUGUAAAUGGUUUUUCUACUCCUCAUAACUCAUAUUUUCUUAAGUGACACUGACACCUUGUAAAGGUCUGUUCAGUGUUCACUGUUCUGACAGUUCGUAGAGUUUUACUCAUUCCUCUUCUUCACAUACUUAAAGUGCACAAUCAUUCACUGGAUUUUAAUGUUUACCAUGUUGGUAAUAUACAGACAUUUUGUUCAAAAAUCCAUCAUAGUUGCUGUGUUUAAUGUGAACUUUAAGGGAUGAAUUGCAGAAGGUGUAGCAGUCAAAUUGACGCCCUGUGUUAUUUCACCACCGGAUAAUCUCACAUGUUUUGAAAUGGUCACACCAGCUAACUUUACGAAGAGGUCGUCUUAUGAAGACGGGAAUGAAACAAUGCCUUUAAUGUCAUUUGCCAUGUAGAUCAUUUUAAUGUGAAUACAAGCUAUCAGUCGUCUUGUCCAGUUCAUCUUUAAUGAAAGAAUGUUCCUGGUAUUUGUUUUAUCGUUGCUUGUCCCUAUUUUUUCGGAACAUCGUUUAGGUCAACGUGUGGAAGUAUGGACAAAAGGUAAUUUUGAGUUAACGCAAUAAUAAUCCAAGUAUUUGUUUUCUAUUCUGUGUAAUCGAUGAAUGGUAUGACCUCACAAUCCUUCUGAGUACUGUAAAAGUAUGUUAUGGUUUUUAAGAGGUAGUCGACUGAAUUACUGUAGCAGAUGUCGGGCAUUGUCUCCUGUUUUCAGCUGGCUCGUUUUCUAUGUUUUUCUGAAGAAAUGUUUUAAAAAAGAAGUGGUAAUCCGUGUUCUUUUUUUUAAUCUGUGCCCAUCCUGUCUGAGAAAGUCUAAUCAAAGUUGGAAGUUUAUUUUAAAUUGGAUAUAGUAUCCUGUUUCUGCUCAUCAGUGAACACAAAUAACGUGUUUUUAUUAUUACAUAUUAAAAGUUACUAUUUCUUCA